CGAACAGAGACUCGGCCGGCCGCUGGGACCGGAGCUCCGCGACAGGAGUCCGGCGAGGGCGCCCCGCGCGCACCGGGCUCAGGAUCAGGGUGCAUGGGUGCUGCCAAGAUGCUCUGGGGCUCCUGCUCCGCCCUCCUGUUCUGGGGGCUCCUGGGGGCCCUCCGUGCCCAGCAGCAGGAGGUCAUCGCCCCUGGCAUCUCUGAGAGAAACCACUGCCCAGAGAAGACCGACUGCCCCAUCAGCGUGUACUUCGUGCUGGACACGUCGGAGAGCGUCACCAUGCAGUCACCCACCGACAGCCUGCUCUACCACAUGCAGCAGUUCGUGCAGCAGUUCGUCAGUCAGCUGCAGGACGAGUCCUACCUGGACCAGGUGGCCCUGAGCUGGCGCUACGGCGGCCUGCACUUCUCCGACCUGGUGCAGGUGUUCAGCCCGCCCGACAGCGACCGGGCCUCCUUCACCAGGAGCCUGCAGGCCAUCAGCUCCUUCCGCCGGGGCACCUUCACAGACUGCGCUCUGGGCAACAUGACCCAGGAGAUCCGGCGGCACCGGAGCAAGGGCGCCGUCCACUUUGCGGUGGUCAUCACCGACGGCCACGUCACCGGCAGCCCAUGCGGGGGCAUCAAGAUGCAGGCCGAGAGGGCCCGCGAGGAGGGCAUCCGGCUCUUCGCCGUGGCCCCCAAGCAGAACCUGCUGAACGAGCAGGGCCUUCGGGACAUCGCCAGCAUGCCCCUGGAGCUCUACCGUAACAACUACACCACCAUGCGGCCCGACUCCGAGAUCAACCAGGACGCCAUCAACCGCAUCAUCAAGGUCAUGAAACAUGAAGCCUAUGGAGAGUGCUACAAGGUGAGCUGUCUGGAGAUCCCCGGGCCCCCCGGCCCCAAGGGCUACCGUGGACAGAAGGGUGCCAAGGGCAACAUGGGCGAGCCAGGAGAGCCUGGGCAGAAGGGACGACAGGGAGAUCCAGGCAUCGAAGGCCCCAUUGGAUUCCCGGGACCCAAGGGUGUUCCUGGUUUCAAAGGAGAGAAGGGUGAAUUUGGAGCUGAUGGGCGGAAGGGGUCCCCUGGCCUGGCUGGCAAGAACGGGACGGAUGGACAGAAGGGCAAGCUGGGGCGCAUCGGGCCUCCUGGCUGCAAGGGAGACCCCGGGAGUCGGGGCCCCGAUGGAUACCCAGGGGAUGCUGGCAGCCCCGGGGAGCAAGGGGACCAGGGCACCAAGGGAGAUGCUGGCCGCCCAGGACGCAGAGGACCCCCAGGAGACAGCGGGGCCAAAGGCAGCAAGGGAUAUCAAGGCAACAACGGGGCCCCUGGAAGUCCUGGUGUGAAAGGAGCCAAGGGCGGACCUGGACCCCGAGGACCCAAAGGCGAGCCCGGCCGCAGGGGGGACCCAGGAGCCAAGGGCAGCCCAGGCGGUGAUGGCCCCAAGGGUGAGAAGGGAGACCCUGGCCCUGAGGGGCCCCGGGGUCUGGCUGGAGAGGUUGGCAACAAAGGAGCCAAGGGAGACCGAGGCUUGCCUGGACCCAGAGGCCCUCAGGGGGCUCUCGGAGAGCCCGGGAAGAAGGGAUCUCGGGGAGACCCCGGUGACGCUGGUCCCCGUGGAGAGUCAGGACAGCCUGGUCCCAAGGGAGACCCCGGCAGGCCCGGAUUCAGCUACCCAGGACCCCGAGGAACGCCCGGAGAGAAAGGCGAGCCUGGUCCGCGCGGCCCGGAGGGGGGCAGAGGCGACUUUGGUGCCAAAGGAGAGCCCGGGAGGAAGGGCGAGAAGGGUGAGCCUGCAGAUCCCGGUCCCCCUGGGGAGCCCGGCCUGCGGGGGCCGAGAGGGGCCCCAGGACCCGAGGGAGAGCCCGGCCCCCCUGGAGACCCCGGCCUCACGGAGUGUGAUGUCAUGACCUACGUGAGGGAGACGUGCGGGUGUUGCGACUGCGAGAAGCGGUGUGGGGCCCUGGACGUGGUGUUCGUCAUCGACAGCUCCGAGAGCAUUGGCUACACCAACUUCACCCUGGAGAAGAACUUUGUCAUCAACGUGGUCAACAGGCUGGGGGCCAUCGCCAAGGACCCCAAGUCGGAGACCGAGAGGCUGUCCCAGGUCCUGUGGGCCCGGGAGCAGGUGGAUUGGCAUUGUCGGCACUCUGCUGGCAUCUGGAUGCCACCCCCAAGGCUCUCCUGCCCGGUGACUGAGGCCAGGGGGCCCUCGGAGGCGCCCUGGGUGCGGCUGGACCUCCCUGCCAGCCUGGGUCCUGGAACCAGCACCGGGGCCUCUGGCCGGACCAAGCUAACCCGAGACUACUCAAGUGUCGGUGCCACCUUGUGUGCCAAGAGUCUGGCGGGUCUCCGGGUCUGUCGUGACCCUGAAGGGGCGUCUACUCCCCGUCUCCCCGGCAGCGCGCUUUCUGCGGGCUCCCCAACCCCCUGUGCCUCCUCAUCCCCCCGCUGGCCGAGCCUAACACCCGUUCCUCGCUUGGGCCCUAAGUCAUCCCGGAGGAGAGACGCACCCGGCUCCCGCCAUGCGCUCGGCCCAGGAGGGCGGCUGGAGGCGCACCCGCGCCAACUUAGUGCCUUAAAGCCUUCUCUGGGUGCCCCUGCAGAUGGACCGUGGCCUGGCGGCGAGCCCCCGGUCACCUUCCUCCGCACGGAAGAGGGCCCGGACACCUCCUUCCCCAGGACCAUCCCCCUGAUCCAACAGUUGCUAAACGCCACGGAGUUCACGCAGGACCCGGCCGCCUACUCCAGGCUGGUGGCCGUGCUGGUCUACACCGCCGAGCGAGCCAAGUUCGCCACAGGAAACGAGCGGCAGGACUGGAUGGAACUGUUCAUUGACACAUUUAAGCUGGUGCACAGGGACAUCGUGGGGGACCCCGAGACCGCACUGGCCCUCUGCUGAAGCCGCAGGGGCUGCCCCGCCCGGCUGCGUUAGCUCCCCGAGGCCACUAGAACAGCAGAAAUCUAUUCUCGCUCAGCCUGGAGGCCGCAAAUCCAAGACCCCACUGUGGGGGAACCACGUUCCCUCUGGGGGCCCCCGGGAGGAUCCUCCCUGCCUCCUCCAGCUCCUGUCUGCCUCCAUUGUCACACAGCCCAUCCCCUUUGGUAGCCUGACCGCCCUGCCUCCCUCUUACGAGGGGUUUGUGGUGGCACUCAGCGCCCACUAGAGAAUCCAGAAUAGUUUCAAGGUCAUCAUUUAAUUCCAUCUGCGGUUUGGGGGGGGACACAUAAGGUCAUAUUCACAGGCUCCUGGAUUAGGAUGUGGGCAUCUUUGGAGAAGCCAUUAUUUAGCCAAAAUUGAGACCCAAGAGCAGAGCCUUGUAAAUCCGCCCAGAACUCCUAGCUUCCCUCCAGCUUCUGCCUGCGGUCACCCCUUGUGCAUUUUUGUCAACAUUGAGGAAAACUGCCCCACAGAGCAGCCCCCUCCACGUGUGUCUCUGCUGGCAGUGACCGGGAAGCGCAGGGACCCAGACGACUUGCUAGACAUUUUCAGCAAGUCCCAGCUGCAUGGAUUUAAAGCAGAAGCUGCUUUUCGUCUGUGCUGCCCCCAAAUAAGCUAUGUCAGUAACUGAAGCUCCUUUGGAAAAAAUCCAGCAACCGCUGCUCCACCUGCUGGUGGCCUGGCGUCCACACCGCGUGGUGACGGCCCAGGGAACGCCCUUCAGAUGUUGUGACACAUCUUAAACAUUCUAUAAAAGCUGAAAAAGAACGUGAA